CUUGACCUUCUUGGUUUUCUUUUUCUUGUUUUUCUUCUUCAACUCUUCAAACUAGUAGGUGUUAGAACAGAUCCCUAAAGCAAAUCAGACUGUUGCACAUACCUUUUUCUUUGCAGCCUCCAAUCGUUCAGCCUUUGUAGCCUCAUCAUCUGCAGACACACUCAAUCUCUUCUCGCUGGCCUCAGACAUUCUCUGGAUCUAUUUCUGCUGCUUCUGCUGCUUCUGCUGCUUCUGUUGUAGACCCAAAGGCGUGUUCGUAAUACUCACGUGACAUCCGAGAAAGCUAUAAAUACCGCUUUCUGUGCCGGCUAAAUACUUUGUGGAUUUUAUAUCUGGCUUUCAAGACAAGAUGAGCAGAGGCAACCAAAGGGACAAGGCUCGUGAGAAGAACCUCAAGAAACAACAGCUGGUUAAGAAGAAACAGAGUGGCGAUCCAAAGAAAAGAAUGGAGGAAAACGCCCAAAAGAUCAGAGAAAAACAGGCUGCUGGUAAGUGGACGCCAAUUCAAUUGGUGUUGGGAUAGAUCAAGACCAGGUUCAUGUUCAAAUACUAACAGUGUCUUUUUACAGCUGCUGCUAAGAAAGAAGCUUCUGCUGGUGCUGGCAAAAAA